UAAAAUCCUUUUAUCUUUGCUCUUCAAAUAAUCUUUUGCUUAAUUAAUUGCUUCAAUUUUUUAUUUUACUCUGCUAUUCUAACCUUUGGAGUAAAAGAGCUUUAUUCAAUUUAAAUAGCAUAUUCUAUUAUUACUAUUUGGAUUUUAGAAAUAAUUGUUAAAAUAAAUACAGCUAUUUAUAUUAACACUGACCUUGUCAAGGAUAGGUCAAUAAUUUUAGGAAUUUAUUUUAAAUAAAAUCUAUUUUUUGAUGUUAUUCCUAUUAUCUCAAUUUUAAAUAUAAUUGAAAAACCUAAAUUAAUUUUAAUUAUAGCUGCAUUCAUUAAACUUAAAAAUGUUUUAAAGGAGUUAAUCGAUAUCUAAAAAUAAUUGUGUAUGGAGAUCAAAAAUUAUUUUUAUGUCUAAAUCUUCAACCUGAUCGCAAAAAUUUUUAUUUUAGGCCACAUAAUUGCAUUAAUGUACUUUCUUGUAGGCUACGUUGAGCUAAAUUACUUUGGAGAAUCUUCAACAUGGUUUAAUGCAGAUUAAAUGUAAGACAGUAACUUUUGGUGGAAAACCUACAUUACAGCUUUAUACUGGUCUUUAACUCUUAUGUCUACUGGAUCAAACAUAGCAUCAACUACAUUCUAAACAUUUUUUGCUUCAUUCAUUAUGCUUUUUACAACUAUUUUCUUUGGUUAUUUUUUGAGUAUGAUUGGAAUUAUUUUAGAGGAAAGAGAUGAGUAAGAGCUUGCAUAAAGGAGAGAUAUAAAUACAAUUAAUGAAUUUAUGAGGAAGCGUAAUAUAAGCAAAAACUUGUAAAGAAGAGUUAACUUAGACCUUGAAUACUUUUAUCUGAAGAAUUUCAAAAAAAUUUAAGAGCAGAAUUAAGAUGUUUUAGAAAGAAUUUCAUAAAAUUUAAAUGACCAACUUUAAGUUGAGUAUUUUAAAGAAAUUCUAAAAAAAUACAGCUCAUUAUCAAAUAAUUUUAGUGAAGAAUCCAUCGAAAAGCUAUGUUUAUAAAUGACUGAAGAGAAUUAUAUUCCAAAUCAAAUUAUUUUCUAAGAAAAUGAUUCAGAAAAUUUAGGAAUCUUAAUUAUUUUAGAAGGACAAAUCGAAAUCACUAAACAAUUAUCCUAAACCUAAAUUGUAAGUAAAACUCUUUUAGUAUUAGGAAAGGGUUAAAGUACAGGACAUAUGAGUUUUUUUACAGGGUAAUAUAGAACAGCUACAGCUAGAUCAAAAUCAUUUACAACCAUAAUUAGAAUUUGUAGAGAUUCUUUUAUCAAAAUUAUUAAAUAAAAUGAUAAUGAUUUUUAAAAGUUUAAUUUUAUCAAAGAUAAAAUAUAACUAUACAAUGAUUAUGAGGAUAUUCAAAUUUAAUGUGGUUUAUGUAAAAAAUUUACUCAUUAUACGAGCGAUUGUCCUUUGGUUCAUUAUAAUAAGCAAUAAUACCAAAAUAAAUUAAAUUAUUUUGAAAAAAUUUAACAAAAAAGAUAGUUUAUGUAAAGAAAAAGUAACUACUAUCACUCUAUGAUUUUGGUAAAAAAAUUGAAAGAAUACACUGAAUAAUUUGAAUAUUUAUAGAAUAUUAAAACUAAUAAAAAUUUAGAUAAAAACUCUGAUACCAUUUCAUCAGAUGCUUCAGAAAAAUCUAUAGAUUAGUAAAUUGAAUAAAAUAAUAGAUUUGAAGAACAUGCUCAUUUGGACAAACAAUUUACUUAAAGAAUAGAUUAAAGAAAGUUAUCAAACUUGUCAAAGAAAUAGAUAUAAACUAUUAGCUCUUUUAAAAAUUUAUAGAUUGAGUUCUAAGAUUAAGAAUUGGCUAAGGCUAAGACUUCAUUUAUAGUUUCUAAAUAAAAAUCUAAUGAAUUUAUGGAUAUUAUUUCUUAUAGAAAUUUAAAUAUCUUUGAUUCAGACGAACAUGGGAAGAUACCAACUUAAACUGAAUCCAUUCUAAAAUAAAGAAAAGUGUAAGGCAACUCAGAAUUAGACGUUUAAUGUGUUUAAAGAUCUCUUAUGCAUGAAAAUCCUUGGAUUUAUGAUAAGCAAAAAGAUUUCUCAAUAUAUUUCCCAGAUGGAAACUUAAAAUUAUCACUAAGUAACUAUAACAGAUUAGCAAAAAGAAAAAGAUAAAAAACUAAAAGAAUAAAGGCUAACAUAAAAAAAUAUAGUGUAGCAUGA